AUGGCAACUGCAGCUUCCGAGGAGGAGCAGGGCAAGGAGGUAGAGAUCGUGCCUGCCACUCCCGGAGCCUGCAAGCCAAAAUCGUCCGUCAAUCCGCCAUCACGGAUCAACUCGCAGGGUGCAUGCAUGGCGCCUAAGGCCUCCGAGGGGGAGGAGGGCAAGGAGGUCGAGAUGGUGUCUGCCGCUCCCGAUCCGGAGCAGCAGCUGGAGAGAGAUGUCACGGCACAUCAAGAUUCGGAGGAGGAGAAGGAGACGGCGGCCGAGAUCAAGGAGUUAUUAAGCAAGCUGCAGCCGCUUCGUGCCAGGAUCUCUCAGCUGCUGGGGCCUGCUGGCCCUCAUCGCGUCGUCACUGGUGACCAUGGACGGCGCUGCUUGGUAUUGAUGGAGACGGAGCUGAGCAUCAUUGCGGCGCUCUUGACGACAUUGAGUCCGCAGCACUUUGACGAUGCCGAGACGAAGAAAUGGCUGGGUGAAUCUUUGCUCAAUGUUCCCCGUUUAGCCGACUGCGUCCUCGGUGAAGUUGAUCCCUCUCGCCACACGCUGCUGCGAAGAGCUUCACAGUGCUUCCAUCGUAGGAAGUCAUUCUCAUAUUGGCGUCCUCUCUUAACGGUACUGAUGCUUUACUAUAUCAUCGAACAUCCCUCCAGCUCCAGGUAUAGGCAUCUUCUCAUCCCUAGCUCUGACCUUGGGCUUAUUACACCCCAACUGGCUGAGGCGGAUGCCCUCCUCCCUCUUGUCGGCAUUGAUCGCCCGGCAAAGAAGAUUUUGGGGUGGCUCGCACACCAGGGGAAGAUGGGCAUGAACCUGAGAGUCAUGUGUAUCGUUGGACCUGUGGGGAUAGGCAAGACAACUCUUGCCGUGGAGCUCCGCAACCGACUCAGGCAGCAGCAUGAAACUAGUGGAGGGCGCUACAAUUUCCAAUGCAACGUUAUGGCACAAGUGCCACGGGGAACUGAUAGAAACAUUCGUCUUGUUCAAGAUAUCCUCUCCCAAGUCUCAGAACCAGCAGCAACAGCAUUGUCAUCUGAGCCGUCACAAGACAAGACAAUGGAGGUCCUAGUCCGCCUCAUUUCAGAAUGCUUGCGAGAUAAAAGGUACUUCGUCAUUAUCGAUGAUAUAUGGGAAGCAUCAGACUGGGAAGAAAUCAAGGUUGCAUUUCCUAAUAAUAAUCAUGGUAGUCGAAUAUUGAUUACAACACGCAGUACAAGUACAGCAUGGGCAUGUUGCUCCGAUUCCUAUGAUGGCCAUGUGCAUGAGAUGAAGCCUCUAAGCGAAAUGGAUUCAGAAAGGCUGCUUCUAGCAAAAGCCGUUGGUUCAGUGGAUGGUUGCCUGCCAAACAAUAUGAAGCUACAUUGUGAUGAAAUAUUGAGGAGAUGUGAAGGUAUACCGUUGUUUAUAAUUGGCAUGGCAGACUGGCUGAAGGACCAACGACUGCAGAAGCAGUACCCACGACAACCAGAGGGUGAGGACGAGGAACAAGUCCCCCGGCUGCCAGAACGGUUAGAACAAGCACUAUCCUCUGCUUUUAAUGACUUCCCUGAUGAUGGCUCAAGGUUACUAUUAUUGUACAUGAGCAUGUUUCCUUAUGGGUACAAGUUUGAAAAGGAUCGUCUCAUCUUGAAAUGGAUAGAUGAAGGCUUCUUUAUCAUUACUGAUUAUCAUGGUGUUUACUCCAACGACAUUAGUAAGUUAGAAGCAGAGAAGUUGUUCUCCGAGCUAGUGGAUAGUAAUGUCAUCACCUGUGUAGCAUCAAACUGCAAACACAAGCAAGAUGAAGCCGAGGCCUGCCAGUGGCAAAUCAAUCAUUUUAUGCACCAAUUCCUGGCCUCCAAAUCUGCAGAGAUGGGUUUCGUUUUCACCACCACUACGCUCAACUUACUGGCAGAAUCAGCAGCAGCAACAACAACAGAGUGUGGCAACCAAACUAGCAGCAGGAUGCCACGGAGGUUAGCCCUGCACCAUCCAGAUCCCCUGCUCCCGUCGAUGCUUGAAACCAUGGAUUUGUCCCAGACUCGUUCGCUAUCUGUGUCUGGGACAGUCUGCAGAAUCCCUCUGGACAAGUUUGUUAAUUUGGUGCUUCUGGAUCUUGAAGGCUGGGAGAAUCUCAAAGAUGAGGACCUAGUGCAGGUAUGCAGAAGCAAAAUGAUCUUUUUGAGAUAUCUAAGCGUCAGGAAUACUCGAGUCAGCAAGCUCCCACACGAGAUUAAGGAGCUGCAUGUUCUGGGGACAUUGGACGUAAGUUACACGCAGAUAACAGAGCUCCCGCUUGAAGUGUUCGAGCUAAUUUUUUUGCAUCACCUAGACCUAAGGGGCACACGGAUAAGACCGCUGCCAAAGCAAAUUAAGGGCCUACGAGAUGGAUUGAAGUAUCUUCUCGUCGAAACAGCCGCAAGGGUGCCGAACUAUGCACGGCCUCUCUACCCGCUACAGAUACUAGUCACUGUUGAUUUGACGAAACAACCUGCAAGCUUCGUCAGGGCUCUCGGUGAUCUCAGUUUGGAGGCGCUUGCAGUUACAUGGUCCUUUCACCAGUCCACUGACAGAGACUACUGUGAAGCGUUACUGUCAUCCAUCGUAAAGUGGGAAUACCUCCAGUCGCUAACCAUUCACUGUGGACUAGGCUGCUCCAUGGAGUUCCUGGGCUCCCUUGAAGAGUCCGGUGCACCUAGGUGGCUUGAGAAGUUCAAGGUGACAGCGGGAAGAUUCGCAAGUGUUCCACCAUGGAUCGAUGGACUCGAGCAUCUAUCUUUCGUGCAAAUCACCGUCUGUAACAAGCAAACAACGACGGAUGAUCUGAAGAUACUUGGAGGCUUGCCCAAAUUGCAGUGCCUAAUACUAGGCUUGGACUUCAUUCCUGGACAACCCAUAGUGAUUGGAAAUGAAGGAUUCUGUGAGCUUCAGAGAUUUUCCAUCUACUGCCCAAUGCCAUGGCUCACUUUCAGCACAGGAGCUAUGUGGAAGCUGACAUACCUCCAAUUGAAGUUCUGUUCGACUCCAGCGAGCCAGAUCUGUGUUCCUUCAGGUAUCAGCAACCUCGGUACGCUUACGGAGGUUUCCCUGUGCUACAACGCACAAUACAUCAACAGCCCCAGCAUCAAGAUGACAGUGGACGCAGUGACCAAACAAGUUGCCAGACAUCGCAACCCGAUCGACCUUUUCAUCAAUGGCAUUGAACAAGAUGAUGUCCAAGAAGCUGAUGAUGAAGUGACAGAAAUUAAAAUUGGGACUUCAAGCAGAACCAACGCUGGAGCUGAAAAUGAUGCUCAAGCAGUUGGUGAGGAGGCUACAACAGCAAUUGAAUGUGAGAUUACUGAAGCUGAAAGUUGA